UCAGCUGUUUGUGCGAUUGCCGCUUGAGUUUUUCUUCCGUUUUCCCCCGGAACCAAAACUCAGGGCUGACUUGGCCUGAGGGAAAAGUUUGUUUGAAGGACACAGUACUUCCGGUGUGUGGGAACUGCUGAGUGGUGGAUGCACAUGUUACUUUGAAAGGAAGACGAUGGAGGAGGUUAAGAAGGCGCAUCGACAGAGGCACAGUGGGCCCAAAGCGGCGAGGAAAAAGCAGCGUCGGCUGAAGAACCUGGGCAUUGGAGAUGAAGCGAGUGCGAGGGAGAGAAAUCCGAAGGCUUUCACUGUUCAGUCUGCAGUGCGCAUGGCUAAAACCUUCCACAGAGCACAAGACUUGAAAACUAAAAAGCACCAUAUCCCUGUGGUUGACCGGACACCGUUGGAGCCCCCACCCAUUGUAGUUGUUGUCAUGGGACCCCCGAAGGUGGGAAAGAGUACUUUAAUCCGGUGUCUAAUUCAAAACUUCACCAAACAAAAAUUAACGGAGAUCAGGGGUCCAGUCACUAUAAUUGCAGGUAAGAAGCGCCGUCUUUCAAUUAUUGAGUGUGGAAACGAUAUCAACUCAAUGAUCGACUUGGCCAAAGUGGCUGAUUUGGUUUUAAUGCUGACUGAUGCUAGCUUUGGGUUUGAGAUGGAGACUUUUGAAUUCCUAAACAUCUGUCAAGUUCAUGGUUUUCCCAAAAUCAUGGGUGUGCUCACCCACUUGGAUGCCAUUAAAAACAACAAGCAGUUAAAGAAGACAAAGAAAAGAUUAAAGCAUCGGUUCUGGACUGAGGUCUACCAGGGUGCAAAGCUCUUCUAUCUGUCAGGAAUGGUGCACGGACAGUAUCAGAAACAGGAGAUUCACAACUUGGGCCGAUUUAUCUCUGUGAUGAAGUUUCGACCACUGAUGUGGCAAAUGGCACAUCCUUACGUCUUGGCUGACAGAAUGGAAGAUCUGACCAACCCAGAGGAUGUACGAGUAAAUCAGAAGUGCGACCGUAGAAUUUCAAUGUAUGGGUACCUACGUGGGACAUAUCUCAAAGCCAACAGUCAAGUGCAUGUACCUGGUGUUGGUGAUUUCAUGGUGAAUAAAGUCGACUUCCUUCCUGAUCCCUGUCCACUUCCAGAGCAGCAGAAGAAACGAUCGUUGAAUGAGAAAGAGAAGUUGAUCUAUGCCCCAAUGUCUGGAGUUGGCGGUAUUAUUUAUGAUAAAGAUGCCGUGUAUAUUGAUUUAGGUGGAAGCCAUGCACACAGAGAUGAGGAAGAGCAAAGGCCAACCGAUGAGUUGAUGCAGAGUCUCAUUACAACGCACAGUACCAUUGAUAACAAAAUGGUUUCCAGCAAAGUCUCUCUCUUCAUGGAUUCCCAUCCGCUGGAAUAUGAAGAAUUGGCAGAAAUCAGAUGCAAAAUGCCCAAGGAGGAAAAACAAAUCGAUCCAGAAAAUGGACGGGUGAGACGCAAGGCUGUAUUUGAUGAUGAGGGUGAUGAUGAGAUGAGUGAAAGUGAUGAAGAAGGUUAUGACUCUGAGAAUUGUAAUGAAACAGACAGUGAAAACGAGGAAGUGGCUAACAAUCAAGACGAGACUGACCAUAAGUCAGAAUUUUAUCCCUGCCUGCCUAAAGCCUUGAAGUUGGAGGGGCCAGAUGCAGAGGCUGCACUAGAAAGGCCAGCAUUUGCUGAUGAUGACUCUGAGAUUGAUUCAGAGGCAGAGGUGACUGAUGAGUCUGAUCUAGAGGACGGUAUUGACGGUGAUUCUUCAGAGAGGACUUUACAUUCUAGUAACAAAACACUAAAGGAGCAACCAGUGACAAAAAGAACUUUGCAAGCAAUUUCAAGUCGUAAACAGAAAGAUGAGGCGCUGACAAUAUCAGCGAUGAAUAUUUCUGAAGAAGUUGAAAAUGUAAACUUAGUUGUGAAACGGACAAGGUCAGAGUUGUCAGAAGACCUGCUACAUCAAAGACACUGUGACACUGAACAAUUACUAAAAGACAAUUAUGAAGAAACGACUGAUUUAAUUAUUGAAACACCAGGAUCAUUGAAGUGGAAAGAAGGGCUCGCACAGCGAGCAGCGGAUGUCUUUGCACAGCAGCAGUCAGCUCCAAACCUCCAGAAGCUGGUCUAUGGAGCAGUUAGUGAAGACAAGGAGGACGAGGAAGGUGAUAUACUGGGAGGAAUUUUCCAUGUUAGCAAGCAAGACCAAGAAUCCAGAAGCAAAGACAGUGGUGUGGAUUCCUCGAUAUUUCUGGUGAAGAAUCCUCUUGACUGGGACUUGGAGGAGGUAAGGAAUAGUGUCCAGGAUUGCUUUGUGACAGGAAAAUGGGAAUCAGAUCAGGAUGCCACUGCUCUCCUUGAAGAAGAUGACUCUCUAUAUGGAGCAUUUGAGGAUCUGGAGACAGGGGAAGUUCAUAAAGGGAAACCUGAAGCACUAAAACAAAGUCACGAGGAAGACGAUAUAACAGAUGCUGAAGAUAGCAAUGAUCCUGGAAAGCCAAAGGAGGAGGAAGAACAGACCAAACGCUUAGAGAAAAAGCGGAAAUUGAAGGAAAUGUUCGACGUUGAGUAUGAUGGUGGAGAUGGAACUUACUUUGAUGAUCUGAAGGAUGAAAUGCAGAAGCAAGCACAGCUUAACCGUGCUGAAUUCGAUGACCAAAACGAUGAAGUCCGGAUUCAGUAUGAAGGUUUUAGACCUGGAAUGUAUGUACGAGUUGAGAUCGAGAAUGUACCUUAUGAAUUUGUGGCGAAUUUUGACUCCCAUUAUCCAUUGAUACUUGGUGGCUUGGGAAGCAGCGAAGGAAAUAUAGGAUACCUGCAGAUGCGUUUAAAGAAGCAUAGAUGGCACAAGAAGAUUCUGAAGACCAGGGACCCUUUGAUCUUCUCCUUGGGCUGGAGACGCUUUCAGACUAUUCCGCUGUAUCACAUUGAUGAUCACAAUGGGCGUCAUAGGCUGCUCAAGUACACACCUGAGCACAUGCACUGUACUGCUACUAUUUGGGGUCCAAUUACUCCACAAGGCACAGGGUUUUUUGCCAUUUCAUCUAUGGGUGGUGCUUUGAGUGAUUUCAGAAUUGCAGCAACGGGUGUGGUGCUGAACCUCGAUAAAUCCAUAAAUGUUGUUAAAAAACUCAAAUUGGUUGGAUUCCCUUUCAAGAUAUACAAGAACACAGCCUUUAUAAAGGGAAUGUUCAACUCUGCGCUGGAAGUUGCCAAGUUUGAGGGUGCAUCACUCCGAACUGUAAGUGGAAUUCGUGGUCAAGUGAAGAAAGCAGUUCGUUCCCCAGAGGGUGCAUUCAGGGCCUCCUUUGAAGACAAGUUGUUAAUGAGUGAUAUUGUCUUCAUGAGGACGUGGUAUCCAGUUUCAGUGCCAAAAUUCUAUAAUCCAGUCACCUCCUUGCUUCGGCCAAAUACUGAAAGGGAGAGUUGGACUGGAAUGCGGACUGUUGGACAACUCAAGCAUGAUUUGGGUAUUAGGAUGAAACCAAACAAGGAUUCCUUGUACAAGACCAUUGAGAGAAAGAUGAAGCAUUUUAGUCCCCUGUACAUCCCCAAGAUGCUGCAAAAAGCCCUACCCUUCAAGAACAAACCCAAAAAUCAAGAGAAACUUGCUAAAGUACCACGCGACAGAAAGCGCAUCACCGUUAUAAGAAGUGCACACGAAAAGAAGAUCUCAGCCCUGAUCACGGCUCUGAGCACAGUUAACAAACACAAAGUACAGAAACAGCAGAAAAAAGAAAAGCAACAGCGCAAGGAGUUCCUUGCACAGAAACAGAAAGAGGAAGAGGCGAAGAUUAAGAGGCAAAAAGAAGCUCGAAAGAAAAUCUAUCGAGUUCUGGGUCAGAAGGAGAAGCGCAAAAUGAAAUCUAGCCUUAAGGGGCCUGGAGAAGACUGAAGUACCAGGCCUUCCUGGGUCACUGCAGGCACUGAUGUCUUCAGGAAACUGAAGAUGCAAAACAUCCCCGUGUCUUCAGAGAUCAUUACUCAUCUUUGCACAUCUCUUGCGAAGUGCCAUCCACAAACAAUUUCAUUUCAUACAGAUAUGGAUUCUUGGGCAAAAGGGGAAUGUGGUUAACAACUAAAUAUUCCCUGCCCUAUAUAAUGCAUUCUUAGAAAAACAGACAAAUUGCCUUUGUGUUGCUAAUUUUUGGUUAUUAAAACUAAAGUUGUAGAAUUAGUGCCUGAUGGUAAUUGUAGUUGGAAGCUGAGAGAAUUUCGGGCAAGGUUUUAAACUGGGCCCUACAGAAAUGCACUCUGCAUUGUAAACACCUCUUCACUGAGUCAGCCUUCGAAAAAAUUGCUGAUGUUAAGCCCACUUGACAGAGUAUACGCACAACAAUAUCUUGUUUGGGAAAAGCAAGUUAAAUAUCUUAGACUAACUCUUCUCCAAUCUGAUUGGCACCCUCUCUGGGGAGCUGAACUGGUAGCAUGCACCAGAGCCGAUAUAAUCUGCAUCACAAAUGCAUUAAUAGGAAGUAGGGAAAUGAGCACAACCUUAAUCUGAGUGUGCUUAAUAAGAGCCAAAGUAAGGCUCCCUCAGGCUUCUGUAAUAAGGUCUUGGAUUUAAUCUGACUGGAGGUCAGAAUGGGAUUGAUAAGUAGCGUAUAUGGCCAUAAUCUACAUCUGAACUGAAUGAAAAGCUAUGGAACAGAUAUAUUUAUUAUAAAAUGAAAAUAAUUAAUUAAAAGAUCAUUGAGAUGAGUGAACUCAGAGUAAUACAGUAUUGAAACAGGGAUUCAGUCCAUCUGGUCCAUGUCAACCAUGAUGCCUAUGAAACUAGUCCCAUUUACCGCUAAUGUCACAAAUUCCUCUAAACCCCUUCUAACCACGUACUUUCUCCAAAUAUCUUUUAAACAUUAUUACUCUACCUACCUCAACUACCUCCUCUGGCAACUUUUUCCAUAUACCCACCAUAUUCUACAUGAAUAAAUUGCCUCUUAGAUCCAAUUUAAUUCCUUUCCUUCUCACCUUAUACCUUUGUUCUCUGGUCUUUUCUUGGAAAAGGAUUGUGCAUUCACCUUACCCAUGUUCUAAAGAAUAACAUCAUAGCCUUUCCUUUCCCUAUAACUCAGGCCCUCGAGCAAUGGAAGAGACCUCAUAAAUCACCUCUGCACACUUCAAUGAAGGCCGUCCAAGAACAAAACAACCAAAAUUAUAGACUAUACUGCAUGUGCAACAUAAUGUCCCAACUCCUAAACUCAGUGUCCUGAUUGCUGAAGACCAGCGUGUAAAACAUCUUUACCUCCUCCUACCUGUGAAGCUGCUUUUAGCAAACUAUGCAUUUGCACUGCUAGGUCUCCUUGUUCCAUAACACUCCCUAGGACCCAACUAUUCACUGUUUCAAUCCUACCCAAAAUGCAACAUGAUCUUAUUUGUAUGGAAAUCCAUUUGCCAGUCCCAGGCUUACUUAUGUAGCUGAUCAAGAUCCCCUGGGAUUUUUGAUAGACUUUACUGUCAAUGAUACCACCUAUUUUAGUAUCAUCUACAAACUUACUGAACAUGUCUUGUAAAAAGACAAACUA